AUGGCGCAACUCUGGAUAUUUUCAACGAUUCUGCUUCUGCUGCUGAGUCUUUCGGUGGUGUACUUUCUAAAACAACUCCGGUUGCUCAGAAAAUGUCCACCUGGACCUUUGCCACUUCCUUUAAUUGGAAUCAGCUGGCGGACUGGUUUUAGACUAACCCCUGAUCUUCUAAUUCAGCUUGCGAAACGUUAUGGAAAUAUUUACACAUUACUGGCAUGGAAUUUACCUGUAAUAGUACUGUCAGGAUACAAAGUUGUGAAACAUGGAUUGAUCAACCAUUCUGAUGACUUCUCUGAACGAGUAGAGACCCCCUUUUUAAGGGCUCUGUCCAGAGGAAAAGGCAUUAUUCUUUCCAACGGCCACACUUGGAAGCAGCAGAGACGAUUUGGCCUACUUACUAUGAGGAAACUUGGAGUGGGGAGGACAGGCAUAGAGAGUCAAAUACAAAACGAGGCUGGCCAACUAGUGGAGAUCUUCGCUGAUUCAAAUGGUCAGCCCUUCGAUCCUUUGUUGCCAAUCACCAACGCUUUCUUCAAUUUGAUCGCCAUCUUGGUGUUUGGGUACCGAUUCUCUCUUGAAGACGAAAACUUUCAGAAACUAACCAAAGGCCUGAUUUUUGGUUCAAGAUUUGUGGGCAGCUUCUUUCAUGUGCUGUACGAAGUACUUCCCUGGCUGAUGCGUCACAUUCCUGGGCCGCAUCAAAAGACACUGUCCCACAUUAAGUUUAUCUAUGAUCUGGCAAAGGAGGAGAUAGAGAAGCACAAGGAAAACCAGUCCUUGCACGAACCCCGGGAUUUUAUUGAUUACUAUCUUCUUCAGUUGAAAAGAAGCAAGAAUGAUCCUAGCGAUACCUAUGAUGAAGAUAACCUAGCUGAGUGCAUUGUCGAUUUUUUUAUAGCUGGGACAGAGACAAGUGCCACCAGUUUGCAAUGGGCAUUGCUUUUCAUCACCAAUCAUCCAGAUGUCCAAGAUAAAGUAUACAAGGAGAUACAAAAUAUUUGCCCCUCAGGCUUGAUUUGCUAUCGGGAUCGAAAGAAACUGCCUUAUACCAAUGCUGUGAUUCAUGAGAUCCAGCGGAUCUAUUAUGUCUUAAGUUUUGGUAUUGCCAGAAGAUGCAGGAAGGAUACGAACAUGCUUGGUUUUUACAUUCCAAAGGGGUCUAUAAUUGUACCCGAUCUCCGUUCAGUUCUUCUGGAUCCCGUGCAGUGGGAGACCCCUGAAAAAUUCAACCCCAAUCAUUUUUUGGACAAAGAUGGAAAUUUUGUGGUGAGGGAAGAAUUUCUUCCUUUUGGAGCAGGGGUGCGUAUAUGUUUGGGAGAGCAGAUAGCGAGAAUGGAGAUUUUCCUUGUCUUUACCAACCUGCUGAGGAACUUCCGGUUUCAGCUGCCUAAGGGAGUGAAACAAUUCAGACAAGAACCUAUAAGUGGACUUACAGUGCAUCCCCAUUCUUAUAAAGCUUGUGCUAUGCCCCGUCACAAUAUGGAGGAAGUUGGAAAAUGGUUGUUUGCUUUGUUCCUGACUGGGAUCGUGUUGUAUUUCCUGAAACAACUGUGGUCCCGUAGAAAUUAUCCACCUGGGCCCUUUCCACUUCCUUUCAUUGGAGUCGCAUGGCAGACCGGAAUUCGAGUAACUCCGACACUUUUAAUCAAGCUGGCUAAGCGAUAUGGAAACAUCUACACAAUAUGGUCAGGACACAUGGCUAUCGUGGUCUUCUCUGGAUAUCAGGCUGUCAAAGAAGCCCUCAUUCAGACGGAAGACUUCGCUGAGCGACAAAUGACUCCUUUUUUUAAAGAGGCCUUUAAAAACAAAGGUAUUAUAUUUUCAAACGGUCAAAACUGGAAGCAACAAAGACGGUUUGGUCUAAAUACUAUGCGAAAACUUGGCCUCGGGAAGAAAGGCAUGGAGAAUCAAAUAGAAGAGGAAGCUCAUCGGUUGGUUAAAAUCUUUGCGCGUGCAAAAGAACAGCCACUAGAUCCUUCGUUGCCUGUCACCACUGCAAUCUCCAAUUUGAUAUGCAUUGUGGUUUUUGGAUAUAGAUUUUCUGCCAAAGAUGAAAAAUUCCAGAGAAUGUUAAUAAACUUGAAUUACUAUAUGAAAUUUGGAGGCAGCUUUGUUUACCUGCUGUAUGAGUUGUUUCCAUGGUUGAUGAAAUACCUUCCAGGACGUCAUCAGAGAGUGUUCCGUGCUUUAAACGAUGUCACCUCGUUUGCCAAGGAAGAGGUAGAGAAGCACAGGGAACUUCAAUCACUGCACGACCCACAAGACUUCAUUGAUUACUACCUUCUUCAAAUGGAGAAAACCAAAGGGGACCCUGAGUCAGCUUAUGAUGAAGAGAACCUAGCUCAGUGCAUUGUUGAUUUUUUUAUCGCAGGCACAGAGACCACGGCCACCACCUUACAAUGGGCACUGCUACUCAUGGUGGCUUACCCGGAGGUCCAAGAGAAAGUCCGCCAGGAAAUAGAAGAUACGUUGGAUCCUACCCAUUCAAUCCGCUAUCAAGAUCGGGUGAAACUCCCGUAUACUCAUGCUGUGAUUCAUGAGGUUCUCCGUUUGAAAUAUGUCUUAAUUGUUGGAGUCCCCAGGCAAAGUGUCAGAGACGUGAACCUCUAUGGAUAUCACAUUCCAAAGGGGACUUUGGUUGUUACAGAUCUGAACUCAGUUCUUUAUGAUCCCAAGAGAUGGGAGACUCCUGAAAAAUUCAACCCACACCAUUUUUUGGACAAGGAUGGGCGUUUUAUAUCAAGGGAAGAAUUUUUGCCAUUUGGAGCAGGGCCUCGUGUGUGCCUGGGUGAGCAAAUGGCCAGGAUGGAGCUCUUCCUUUUCUUGACCAUCCUGCUGAGGUGCUUUAAGUUUCAGCUGCCAGAAGGAGUCAAAGAACUCAGCCUAGAACCCAUUGUGGGAUUAUCGUUGCACCCUCGUCCUUACAAACUUUGUGCUGUUCCUCACUGUAGGACCCCGUAA